CAUCCCAGCCUCGCGUCGUAGUACAAUUUCUGUUACCACGACUGUCAGACUGGAGUGCUGGACCCGAUCCAACAGGAUUUUUUCCCAUUUUUAUUUGAAACCCAUAAAUUAUUUUUGUCAAUAUAUAUCUGUUUCGGUUACAUCUCCCCACAGCAACCCCACACUAUCCAGAAAAACCUCACCCUCUAAAACCCCACAGACCCCUAAAAUCACCACUAGAAAACGCCCUAAAAAAUCCAUAGAAGAAAUACUAGAGGAAUAUUAUCCAUGGCUUCAAUGUCCAUAGAUAUUGCAACUACCUUUCUGGGCCUAGCCAAGAGGCAACCAGCUCCUCUCAAUAGAUUUGGCGCUACAGUCUUUACUCAGUUGUGGAAAAACGAGGUUUUUGUGAACCAGAGUUACUCAAUCUGCUCUUCAGUUCGUUCAAGAAUUGUGUCUAUUAAUUGUACAUCAAAAGCGAAAAGGUUCUCCCGCAGAUUUAUUGCCUCCGCUGCUACUACUUCGACACCUCAGAGUGAGGAUUCUGAUAUUUUGACUAAGAUUCCUCCUGAUGAUAGAAUUCCUGCUACUAUUAUCACUGGGUUUUUGGGCUCUGGAAAGACUACAUUGUUGAACCAUAUACUGACUGCUGAUCAUGGAAAACGAAUUGCGGUUAUUGAGAAUGAGUAUGGUGAAGUAGAUAUUGAUGGUUCAUUAGUUGCUGCAAAAGCGGACGGAAUUGAAGACAUUGUCAUGCUCAACAAUGGGUGCCUGUGCUGCACAGUAAGGGGUGAUCUUGUGAGAAUGAUAUCAGAAUUGGUAAACAGAAAAAAGGGGAAAUUUGAUCAUAUUGUAAUAGAGACUACAGGAUUGGCAAAUCCAGCACCAAUUAUUCAGACAUUUUAUGCUGAAGAUCAGGUUUUCAAUGAUGUUAAGCUGGAUGGUGUUGUAACACUAGUUGAUGCUAAACACGCUGGUUUUCACCUUGAUGAAGUCAAACCUAAAGGCAUAGUUAAUGAGGCAGUCGAGCAGAUUGCUUAUGCUGACCGUAUUAUAGUGAACAAGACUGAUCUUGUUGGUGAGCGAGAUAUUGCCUCUUUGGUUCAGAGGAUAAGGAACAUUAACCGUAUGGCUCAACUUAAGCGAACGGAGUUUGGGAAAGUAGAUUUGGAUUAUGUUCUUGGAAUUGGAGGCUUUGACUUGGAAAGAAUUGAAACUGCUGUCGAUGCUGAAAGUUCUAAGGAAGAUCACACCAGCCAUGGCCAUGACCACGAUCACCACCAUCAUCAUGAACAUGAACAUGAACAUGACCAUGAACACGACCAUAAACACGAACAUCAUGAUCACCUUGCUCAUGAUCACACUCAUGACCCUGGUGUUUCUUCUGUCAGCAUAGUUUGUGAAGGACGCUUAGAUCUUGAGAAGGCUAACAUUUGGCUGGGUACAUUGUUAUUGGAACGAAGCGAGGAUAUAUACCGUAUGAAAGGUCUUCUGUCAGUUGAUGGAAUGAAUGAGCGAUUUGUCUUCCAGGGAGUACAUGACAUAUUCCAAGGUUCGCCGGAUAGACCAUGGCUCCCAGAUGAACCAAGAGUAAAUAAGAUCGUCUUCAUAGGAAAGAACUUAGACGCACAGGAGCUGGAGAAGGGCUUUAGGGCUUGUUUAUUGUGAUUCCACUACUUAAGACUCUAGUAAUUAACAACGAGUUAACUAUUUUAUCGUGUGUGGUGAAAACAAUAAAAACUAUAAAAAAUUUUCUGAUAUGCUUGUGGAAGCCUGAGUUUCAUGCAGAUUCAAUCAAUAGUCCACAUCUUCUUUCGCUUUC